AUGGGUAGUAGUUCUACAAAUGAAGAUGCCAGUGGAAAUAUCUGGAGUUCAGGAUCGCAUGGUGGACGGGAAGGUGGUUAUGGAUUUCGACGACAAAAUAAUGAUCGAGGAGAAGUUGAAACUUUAACUGAUGCAAUAUUUAUUCAAAAUUUACCAAAAAAUAUUACACGGGAUCAAAUUCUUGAUAUUUUUUCAACUGUUGGACCUAUUAAAACGGACGAUCGAUCAGGCGGUCCAAAAAUUUGGAUCUAUAAAGAUCGUGAUACGGGUGAAGCAAAUGGCCGUGCUACAGUAACUUAUGAGGAUGACGAAACAGCUAAUAGAGCUAUUUCAAAAUAUAAUGAUCAACAUAUUGAUUCAAUAGGUACAUCUGUACAAGUGCAAUUAGCACAACGUCGUAAUCGUAAUAAUAACAACGAUCGCGGUGGUCGAGGUGGUUACCGCGGCGCACGAAGCAAUUGGAAUGAUAGUAGUAGUUCUCGUCAGAACUAUAGUUCCGGUGGCAACCGAUGGGGUGGUAGCUCGGGAAAAGGAUUUUCGAAUGAUCGAAAUAGUGAUAGCAGUGGUGGUUUUCGUGGUAUGGGUGGUGGUAGUGAUUCAUUUCCAGAUGCAGAUGAUCGUGGCAGUUCAUAUCGUGGUAAUCGAAGUGGUCCAUAUCGCGGUGCUAGUCGCGGUAGUGGUGGUUCAUCAAGUUAUUCACCAUAUUAA